AUGGCAGAUCCAGAAGAGCAAGGCCCAAACUCUAGUGAUCCACCACCGUCCUCGCCACGGCCGCCGACGUAUACUGGUCCAUUUCUAUUCGUCAAUAAGAAUGCCACAAACCUUCGGUCUCGUCAAAGAGACGAGGUCUUUGCAGUCAGAAGCCAUGCCAUGCAAAUUGCACGUCGGUCGAGGAAACCAAGCAAGGUGGAAGCAGGGAAGUCUUUGAAUGAAAAGGCAGCUGAGAACGUUGAUCUCGUCCAAAACAAGGAAGGAGAAGGACCCGACCAAGGACAAUCGACGGCGGCGACCGAACAGCGAGCAAUUGGUCAAGCCCAGCCAGCCUUGGGAAGCCCGAUACCGAGGUCUCAGAGGCCAGCCACAGGCAAGUCUCAUCCGACGGGAUCUCGUAGAAAUUCAGGACGGCUUCAUGUCGCUCGUACCUCUUCAGCCUCGGGGAGAAGCCAACCUCAGGCGGCAGCUGCACAACUUACCGCCACGACUCCUCUUCCAGCGCAAAUCCUCGCAUCUAUAAUGCACCAUGCCAUGGGCUUUGGUCCCUCAGCGCCUCUGGGCAACAUUUCGCCAGGUCCGUUUUCGGCUGCAGCCCUCCCAAUCUCCUCCUUCUUCAAUUCGCUCCUCCAGUUCUGGCGGCUUGGAUACAUGUCGAACUUUUGGCCUGCCACCAUUGCCUGGGACCCGGCCCAUGACGUUCCCCAGCUCGUCGAUGACUGGAUACGCACUUCAGUCAGCUCAAGCCCAGCAAUGCUGCAUGGACUGUUCGCCGGCACCUUGAGCUUCAUCACCAACUAUCUCCCAACCUCAGCAGCCACACCAGUCCUUUGGGCCAGAGGAAUGCACCAUCAUGGCAAGUGCUUGGAAUAUACUAGGUCGCGCCUGGCGAUGCCAGGUGUAAGCGGCGAAGAGGCCUUAGGCAUGAUUCACCAGUCGACGACAUUCAGCUUCCACUGUGGAGAUUUUGAUGCAAGCAGCGUGCACAGAGUCGCAAGUGCUCGCAUCCUUAACACUUUAGAGCACGGCCUGGAGAGCGUGCACCCGGUACUCAAAUCUCUUCUGAUCCUGUGCGAUACCCUCAUAUCCACCCACAAACCAAAACGACCUUCGUUGGAUAUCGAAUUCUGGGCCCCAGGAUCAUGGCACGAUGAAGAAGCCCUGAGACCGUUCGACGAAUCAUUUGAUUUCGACCCCUCUGACUAUGCGCAGAGUGACCGAGAACUAUUGGUCUUCACAGAGCCGGUGUACGGACCAGAAUUGGAAGAUCCCACUGUCCAGCUGCAGGGUUUGGUCAAUCUACAACGCGAGGCUCUCUGUGCUUGCGACCUUGCGGCACAGCUCACCGAGGGUGACGGCGUCGCAAUUGCGGACCCUAUCUACAGCUGGCUUGCGCUCCGGCAGUACGCGUUGACGUGCCGCUGCGCCGGUCUGUAUAUGGACAUGGUGGAAAGCGAGCAGGAGCCCCAUACGAUCCCCGUCGAAGUGCACCUACGAAGAGUACUUCCCAGUUGCAUACUCCUUGCGACAAGUUACACCUUCCAAUUGAUCUUGCGUUGCAGCAUGCAGAGCCCCUGCAUUUCGUACAUUCCAUUCCACCAUCUUCGGAACCGCCUGACAUUGAUGAUGACACUAAUGGGAGAGGCGAGAAGAAUGCAGUCAGAAGAUAUGAUGCACGUACCCACCGAAACCCUACUUUUCCUCUUCUUCGCCGGUGCCGUAGCAGAGGAAAUAAAUGAGCAACUCCUGCGCUCGCCACCUGCGAACCCAGAACCGUACGGGCGUGUACCUUCCGCUUCUGCACCUGCCAGUCUCUUACAUAUCAGAUGGUUCAGCGUGCAUUUCUCAAUGGUGCUACAAAGGCUCGGUCUUGCUGACUGGGAGGCUGUACAGGACAUAUUGGAGAGGUUUGUGUACGACAGGCGGACAAUGGAUAAACAUGUCCAGGUCCUUUUUGGCAAACGAUCGGAGUUUCUUGGUGUACUCUCAGGUGGUUCUGCAGUAGAUGCCCAUCGAAGUACCAAUCAGGUCGAGAGUCCCAGUGGCGGUGCAAUGCUAGGCGGAUCAUUUCUCGGCCAACAAGAUCCCGGUGCAAGUUCAGAUUCACAAGUAUUUCCUCCUGUGUCAGACCCUGACUACGAGGGAUCUAUGGUUGCUAUGCACCCAGGCUCUGCGUUAAGCCCAAUCACCGGGCAGGAUUUUGCGGCCGGGUUUUGGGAGCAUAUGGGACUCGGCAUGGACUUGGAGGUGGACCGGAUGGGAGCGGAGCAAGAUGAGGAGGCGGAGGAAGUACUCUAG